AUUUAACUUGCUUUACUUCUCAUCUCUUUCUCUUGUAGUCCUGCAACAAGGUUGAUAUCGAUAUUGCUUUUGUUCAUGAUACCCAUGAGAUCCAGAAGCACGUUGUUGGCCUUCGAUGAUUCUAUGACCCUUCUUGGUCCCCGCACUUGAAUAUACAAGAUGGCAAACAUCUCCACCAGCCAGUUGGAUGCUUACUCCCUCUACCACAAGACGCAAGAGAAGUCUUCAUCCGCCCUCAACGGGCCUGCGUUACCCGCUCUAGGCCACGCGAUUGCAGGCUCAACAGGAACCGCGAUCUCGAACCUCGCCGUCUAUCCUCUCGACCUGAUCAUAACGCGCCUCCAGGUACAACGACAGCUGCGAAAGUCCUCUGCGACUCCCGACGGAGGCGAAUACCGAGGCGUUCUUGAUGCUUUCGAACAGAUAUACAAGAAUGAAGGGGGCAUAGCUGCUUUCUACAGCGGGGUGCUCCAGGAUACCGGGAAGUCCAUCGCGGAUUCCUUCUUGUUUUUCUUGUUCUAUAAUUAUCUACGCACACAAAGGCUGCGGAAACAUGGGGAGAGAGCAAGAACUCUACCGGUCCUCGAUGAGUUGGGAGUAGGAGCGCUGGCGGGAGCCUGCUCGAAGUUCUUCACUACUCCAAUUGCAAAUAUUGUUACACGAAAGCAGAUAGCAGCGAUGGUGAGCUCACGUUCUGGAAGCAAAUCCUCCGAGCCCUCAGCCGCAGCCAUUGCCUCCAGCAUUCGAUCCGAAAAAGGAAUCCAGGGGUUUUGGGCGGGGUAUUCGGCGUCGUUGGUUCUGACCCUGAAUCCAAGCCUUACCUUUUUCCUAUACGAGUUCUUCAAGAAGUCCUUCCUGCCGAGAUCAAGACGCGAUGAUCCGGGAGCUAAGCUUACGUUCUUGAUGGCAGCGAUCAGCAAAGCCAUCGCUUCUACCAUCACCUACCCCUUCUCCCUCGCCAAAGCGCGGGCCCAGACCUCCUCACGACGCAGCGCAUCUGCUGCCAAAACUGCAGCAGCCGACCUCUCAGACCUAGCAGAGGAAGGCAACAUUGAGAAAGCCGGUCAAGACGCCGAAGGGAUUGCCAGGCGCUCUACGGUUUUUAGCACGAUCCUCACUAUCUACCGGGCGGAGGGUUUCACCGCGCUGUACGAAGGUAUCGCCGGCGAGAUCCUUAAGGGCUUUUUUAGCCAUGGGAUCACGAUGAUCGUCAAGGAGACGAUCCACAAGUUGAUCAUCCAGACGUAUUACCUGCUGCUGCGCGCCCUCAACCGGUACCCGCCUCCCUCAGAACUAGCCGCGCAGGCGGGCGAGGCAAUCCAAGAUGGGGCGGGGAAGGUGGGCGGUUUUCUCAGGGAGGGGUAUGGGAACGUGGCGGAGAAAAUGGGGGAUCUGGUACAGGAGGGGAGGGAGGCAGUGGGCAAUGCGGGGGAGAAGGUAAGUGAGGUGACGAGUAAUAUAUCGGAUGCUACUGGAAGAAAAGUCGAUUCUGCGCGUAGGGAGGCCGGUCAGCUGCAAGAGAAUGUGCAAGAUAAACUAGGUAAGAAGACCGGGGACUUGGGGAAAGACAUCAAGUCGGAGAAAUAGGGGAGGGGUCUAUGUACCAACAUGUAUUAUAACACUACUACCUAUGGUGGCAUCGGAGUUGAUUAUCCUCAGACAUUCUUUAUGCGGUCU